AUUUAAUCAAAUGGUAUAUCGUAGUCCAACUGGAAAUCCUCGGAGGAAAUCUUCAAAACGAUGUACUCUAACUGGUUAUCAUAUUAGUACAGUGUUACUUUGUAUCGGGAUUAUUGUAUUAAUAUGUGGAUUAGCUACAACGCGAUUAUUUCAAAUAUAUAUUUAUGAUCAUCGUAAUCCGUCGAAAUUUCAUCAUUUAUUUAUACCAGUGGGUUUGUUCUCACUUAGUACACAUGUUACAUGGUUAUCGAUGGAACAUACAGUUUUAUCGGAAAAUCUUGAAAUCAACG